CAGAGGUGUGGCGCUUUUUCACGCUUUCAACACAGACGCUUCAAAACAGGGGGCCAUCUUGGGGGAAAGACAGCCUGCUGGGAAGUUCGCAGAAAAGCCUCUACGCGCUUUACGACAAACACAAAACCGCUAAGAGUGCCUCUAGAUAUACUUAAGAGCAAUCUGUGCAUAAAUCAAUGGUUGUUUUUCAACUUCAUAAAGCCCUUUUCUCGUUGACAGCCCCGGCCAGAUCGCCACUGACCGCGAUCCGCCAGAAUCAACUGACGUUUCUCAUGUCCCGCCUCCACGUAGGGAUACAACCAAUGACAAGGCCUAAAAAUCUGAGCGUAAUGACGUUUCCGCUUCUGCGCACAUGCGCAAUGUCAUUUUGUCCAAAGCUCCUGACUGUUCACAUCGAAGAUGGCGGCAGGCUUUGACCUGCUAUAUAAGGAUUUCUGUAUUAAAAGAGUGGGCAAGAAACUUUUUAUCGAUACUUCAAGUUGUAUUAGAUUAGACGUUACCAGACUUUGUCACAAUAAGUUUGAGGUAAGCGCCCAGGCAGCUGGAAAUCACCCCGCUGACUCCGGGAAAAGAGGCAAUUCAACUAGCUAAUGUUAACAUUUUGCGAGCUCAGGCGACUGCUGCGAGUCUUGUACAUGUGAACAUAGUGAAAGCAGCUAGUCUUGAAGUGUUUUACAUGAUUAUUUCUCCCAAGAACCUUGUUACUAAUGGACUUGAGGUGACAAUGGCGCUUGUCAAAUCCUUAUUGACGUUGUGACACGAGAUUCCCCCUUCAGUCACGUUUGUUCCUACUUCGCAAAGCAACUGGAGGGAAAAGGGGGUGUUUUCAGUGGAUGUAUCAAAACUUCCUGAACUGAUGUGCACAAAUGGAAGACAACUAACCCGGUCCAGUGUUUCUUAAUGCUAUGGUAACUACUUUGCCAAGCCACGGUGUGAAGAUCGGGACGUCCUCAGUGCCAACUUUGAACGGAGGCAAUGCAAUGGAUCCGCACACUGAAAGCGGCACUCCAGUGUCCAGUGGCCAGUCAUCAACAUCAGCCGCUUCGACUUCUGUCCCAGUUGUCAAUAACGGGCCCGGGGUGGCGAAAGGACAUGCAAACGUGACUGUCGCCCCAAGCCCGAACACAGUGAUACAGUCUUACGGGAAUCCACAGUGCGCUGCGACAGCAGCAUCCAGUGCUGGAAGUAGUGGACCCUCAGUGGCAAUUGUCAGGCCAUCUAUGCAAACCACUGGAACCGGUUUAACUAUUAACGGGAGUAAUAACAACACCGUUUCGGCGACUGUAGCAUGUGUAGCGACCCAACCAGCACCGGUAAUCACUACAACUAUUACUACUACUACAACUACAACCCCUCUUUUGAUAAACCAGACUUCAGCGUCUGUGUCUGCGAGUUCAGGAGUACAAAGAAAGUCCGACUCCCCCAAAACUAUCAUCCAGCCCGCAGUGCAGACUAUCAGCCCCGGCGGUAUGACUCACGGACUGCAGCUCCAGAUCCCUGGUGUGGCCAAAGGUGCUAUUUUGCAGGGAGCUGCGAGAACAGCAGCUCCGGCAACUGUUGCAGCAUCAGCAUCCAGCCCUGCCAUCAGGACCAUUACACCACAAGCGUUAGCGCCCCGACUUCCCCAGAGCAGCCCGGGACAGAACAUCCAAAAUAUCCAGCUACCUCCAGGUAUGGUGUUGGUGCGUAGUGACAGUGGUCAGUUGUUGAUGAUCCCACAGCAGAUGUUGGCACAGAUGCAGGCCCAAUCACAGGCUGCCCGCCCUGCUGCCCCCACCAGCACCACCACUGGGCAGAUCACCACUGCACAGGCACCUGGAACUUCACUAAUGACCCGACAGGUGACCCCUACCACCAUCAUAAAGCAGGGCUCUCCUACACCCAGCAGCACGGCUACCACCACUCUCCAGAGACCACCUGUACAACAGGCUUCAUCUGUUGGUGCAGUGUUGUCAGUGCAGGCAGGAGCUGCCCAGAGGACUGUGACUGCUGCCACGGGGACCACCGUCUCCUCGGCAACAGAGAUUAUGGAGAAUGUAAAGAAAUGUAGGAACUUCCUGUCCACACUGAUAAAGCUGGCCACAAGUGGUAAGCAGUCAACUGAGACUGUUGCCAACGUUAAAGAGCUGGUCAAGAACUUGCUGGAAGGGACGAUUGAAGCAGAGGAGUUCACCAGCAGGCUCUACAAGGAGCUCAACUCCUCUCCUCAGCCUUAUCUAGUGCCUUUCCUUAAGAGGAGUCUUCCAGCUCUGCGACAGCUCACUCCUGACUCCACGGCCUUCAUUCAGCAGAGCCAGACCCUUCAGGCACCUGCUGUGGUUCUGACUAGUACCAACACUGCUGCUGCUACCGCCACAGCCACUCACACGCUCAUCCAGCCUGCACUCAGCAACUCCAGCCAGACUGCCUCUCUGGUGUUGCAGUCCCCACAACAGGGGGCAAUAGUGAAGCCCCCUCAGGUUACCCUGACUACCACUCCCAUGGUAACACUCAGGGGUCAACCGCAAAGCCACAUAGUCGUGGGCCAGCCUCAGGUGCAACUCAAGCAGAUCCAGACAGUGGCAGUGAAACAGGGUGUGGUGAGUAGCUCUAAACUGGGUCCUGGCUCCUUGUCUGUAGCUUUAGCUCAGAGGAGUAAAGCGAAGGAUGCUGCAGGAGGAACUUUCAGGGAUGAUGAUGACAUAAAUGACGUGGCCUCAAUGGCGGGUGUUAAUCUUUCGGAGGAGAGCGCUCGAAUCCUGGCCACCAACUCAGAGCUGGUUGGUGCAGUCACACGGUCUUGUAAGGAUGAAGCUUUCCUCUCCGCCAGCAUGCUACAGCACAAGAUACUAGAGAUAGGCCAAAGGUUUGGAGUGACAGAGCUGGGUCCUGAAGUGGUCAACAUCAUCUCUCAUGCCACUCAACAGAGACUGCAGAACCUUCUAGAGAAGGUCUCAUUGAUUGCCCAGCAAAAGAACAUGACUUACAAGGAGGAUAGUUGGAACGAGCAGGUGGAUGAUGUUCGCUCUCAGCUGAAGUUCUUUGAGCAGCUCGACCAGUUGGAGAAACAGAAGAAAGAGGAACAGGAAAGAGAAAUCUUAAUGAAGGCAGCUAAGUCACGCUCACGACAAGAGGACCCUGAACAGCUGCGGCUGAAACAGAAGGCCAAAGAGAUGCAGCAGCAGGAAUUGGCUCAGAUUAGACAGAGAGAUGCCAACUUGACGGCGUUGGCGGCUAUUGGACCCAGAAAGAAAAGAAAACUGGAUUCUCCUUCACUUGGGACUGACGCAGAGGGCUCAGGUUUGUCAGCGAGUGCAUCCGGGGGCUUAAAUGCAGGAGCAUCAAGGCAGUACACUCGCCAGCGUAUCACGCGCGUAAACCUCAGGGAUCUGCUCUUCUGUCUAGAAAACGAGAGAAGCACCAGCCACUCACAACUGCUCUACCGAGCCCUACUCAAAUAGCCCCAUGUCCUUCCCUCAUUUCAGUCUUUAGGGCUCUCUCUUUUUCUCUCUGUUACUGUUAUUAUCAUUCUCUUUGUCAUUCCUUUUUUGUAUUUCUUUAUCACUCUUUUACACCGUCGUUGUCUCACAUACACUUACAGUGAUGUAUUCUUUCUCGAGCUGACGGUGCUUUUCUCUUUUAUGUUUUGUUUUAUUUUAUCUCUUUUAUUUUGGCUUGUUUUUAGCUCUCUGACCCUUUUGGAUUUCACUCUUAAAAUCAUGUUUAAAAGAAAAUUGCAAUUAUAUAUCUUAUGUUUUUCAUAGAAGGUGGCUUUGUAAUGUGCAAAUGACCUAUGUAAAAAAAAAAAAGAAUUCACAGUGGAACUACCCAUUCAUUUUAUAUUUGUGUUUUUAUAAAGAUGUUUUAAGAAAUAAAAGUGGACAAAGUUUCUAUGAAAAUAA